GCCAGAUAUCCAACCAAGGAGCUUCUAGUCCAGUGCCUUUCAAAGCUCUGGGAAUCCAUGGGAGAACAGGGUGAAGGGGAACGAUGCUCGAAGCUGUUCGUCGGCAAACCCUCGGGGACAACGGCAGGAGUAGAGGGCUUUUUUACCACUGACGGAGUCUUCGUGUACGGCACCUUCCAGGUCACGCCGGAGAGCGCCGCGGAUGUGGUGGAUAUCCUGGCGCACAUCCUGGUGCAACCUUGCCUUGUGAUAACGGAUAUACCAUGCAAGAUCGUACCGAUUGCGGAACGACUUUUUCCCGGUCUACUGCAAGACGGCGGCGUCCUGCCACGGGAUGCCGAAGGCCAGGUUUGCUUAAAAGAACUGCAACACAUUGGCGCCCACGCGUACGAGUUUCCCGACGAGCACGAGGUCAAGGUGCCUCCGAUGGGAUUCCCAACCGCGGCUUUUACCUUGGGGGCCAGCCCCGUCCAGCCCGAGCAGCCAGACCAGCCAGACACCGUGUACGCCGCAUAUGCCGCCGCAGAGACUGCACCCGGCGUUCAACCGCACGUCGACUUCCGCAGUCUCCUUCGACGUGCGGCCGAUGCUCAGGACCGUGCGAGAACGGUUGCGGAUCCGUCAUCCUCGCUUAUGCGCAUCAGCGAUCUUGCAGAGAGUACCCUCAACGGUCUACACAAGCGAGGGUGGUACGCCAUGACCCUCUACGAAGUGGUACUGCUGUAUUAUCUCUGGUUUCAGGCAACUGGGUGGGCCACUCCGGAGGGCGAGGCCCCCGGGGCGGUAGCGGGGGCGGAAGGAGAGGGGGGUAGGGGGGGAGACAACACUCCACCACUUCGGGAGAUCUCGGAGUUGUCGCGAUCCGAGCUUGCCACGAUUACUUCGUACCUCAAGGGGGUUCUGAGGGUGGCGGUGGGGUUGGCUGAAGCGACUGAAGCCACAAGCCUCUCACUGGGGUUGCCUGAGUUCCUGACGGACGAUGUGCUGUACAUUGAAGUGGCCGAGGGAGGGGCUGAAGAUGAUACGGGCGAAGAGGCUGACGACACUGGUCCUACCCCGGUCUUAAGAGACUUGGAGGGCAUCGUCGAGCUUUAUCACGAGAGGAAGGCCCGGUACAUCACCCGCCUCCUGGGCGCCGAACCCGACGGCGACGCAUCCGAGCGCGCAUACCGUUUAAUCCGAUCAGGGGUCGGUUUUGGCGUGGCCGAACACUCGGUAAAAGCUCUGCAGAUCGCGCUUUCGAGCGACUGUGUGGGCGGGGGGGUAGGCGAGGAUGGAAAGCUACCAGGCUACAGCAUCGACUUCAACUUCAAGCGGACCCCGUCGUAUGACAACUACGGCCACUUUUAUGGUGGCAAAAGAGUAGGGCUUUGGCUAGGACCGGACGGGCCGCAUGAGGGCAACCACCAGGGCUCCUGCCAAGCCAAGUUUGGAGGCCUUACACGGUGCCGCCAGAUCACCGGCACCAACUGCAACCCUCACGAACAAAACCACUCGAAGAAGAUCAAGUUUCUACCCAGUGUCACCGGCAUGGGCUUCGACACAUUCACGUUCAACGUCACCUUGAUCAACGAGUUGGAAAACGUAAAAAUCAACCGCAAGACUUGUACUUUGGCCGUCUCAAGUGCAAGUGGUCACCCCCGCCACCGACUGCCGGCCUGCCGUAAAGAAGUGUGGUCUUGUGGGCGCUGCUUCUGCAGCAAGCCUCUUAUGAGGUCGUUCGACAAGCUCGGUAAAUUGUGUAUUAGUUACAUGUAAUUGGGGUCAGUGUUGGUAGGCGGCAGUAUUUCACGGGGUCGCCGUUGCCAACGGAUGCAUAUCGAUAGUAUCGUCGCGUUGAGUUGUGAAUCACUUGGGUGGUGGCUCUUACGCCUGCUGCGAACAGGGGAAUGGGGGGCGUGUUGCAAAAUUCCUGAAAACCAUCCGACUACAUCGUUCUCAUAUCGUCCAUAUCGUUCACACACCGGUGUUGUUGUGCUUGGCGCUCUGGUGCUCUGGCCGGCGAAGAAUCAAAUUCUGGAACCCGCACGUGUCAGAGGUAUCAUACAGAGGAUGGUUAAAUAUGUAGUUGAGGGGCAUUCUCCACUUUCAGGCCCACUUCAACCUUGAAUAUCUUUGCCCUCCUUUUUGUUUUUAAACCGGCCAGCAAGCAGAGAGGUGCGGGAGAGGUGCAGGGAGAGGGAGGGGCCAGGGAACUUGUGUAGACUGGAUUUCUGUCAAGUGCGUCUGUACGCCUGCUGUUGCAACGCUUUACCAGCUCCACAAUCGAUCUGCCGUACGUUAAACACGCCCACUUUUCAACAAACCAAUACCUUUGUUUAGGACGCAAGAUCUGGAGCCCAGCUUCUGCUGGCGUCAUACCUUGGUGGACCACUGUUGUAAUCAGCGGACUACGGACGUCGACGCUCUGUCUGUCUCUAUGCGCUACCCAGAGUAGUACUGAUCCACCGUCUGUCCAGCCUCUGCUGUAACUAUUUAUAAAGACGGCGUGUUCGUCUUGCAUCCCUGUUUUCGGCAGCCGCGCUGGCCGCGCUAUAAACGAGCUGCAUAAACCGGUUUGUGUGAGUGUGUUUCCGCGUUUGAUAUUAUGGGCUGCGGGGGCUAGGUGCGGAGAGGCCCGGAGGCCAGUUGAGGCGAGUAGAGGCUCAGUAGAGGCGUAGAAGCAACGCGAAAACGAGAGAGGCAGGGAUCGCCAGCCGGAGAGAGAGAGAUAGAGACCCGCGACCAUAAACAGCCAGCAGCUCCCAGCCAGCAGCUCCCAGCAGCGAGCCAGCGCGCCAGCCAGCCAGAGGAGCCAGCCAGCCAGCAGCAGCCUCAGCAGCCGCCAGCACAGCUGGCACAGCGAGCACAGCAAGCAAGAGGUUCUCAAGAAGGGUUCCAAAUCCUGAACCUAUUUUGUGUACCGAGAAUAUUCCAUAAACUUUAUUUUGUCGACAAAGGGGUAAGCA